UUUGUCACACCUGUUCAUAAAUUUUCAAAAAAAUUUUUGGUAGGCUAUCACUCUAAUAACUCUCUGACUCAUAACAGAGAAUCUUUUUAUAGUUCAUUAUUCAUGUGUAGUUCAGUAGUUUAGUUAAUAUUACGGAUAAUCACUCUGCAGUCUGCAAACUUCUGGACCUUCCGCUACGCUUCGUUGCAGCGAUCCAGACCAUUCGUCCGAAAUCAGGCGAAAUGAUUCAAGAAAAUCAUGAAUUCCUUGACUGCGUUCGAGGAUAACGCCAUCAUGACGGGUAUUAUUUGAGUAUCUGAUGCGUUUAUUGUGAACGUUGGACUAUGCAUUUCAUCUGCUUUUUGUUGGCGUUUGCGUCUGCAAAGGCGUCUGUGGACCUGUUUACCACCGUAGCCGAAAACAAAAAGUUAAUCGGCGUGGCGGGGGAAAUCUACUAUCUGCGGGAUUUGCAAAUUAAUGAGCAAUCCGCCAACUAUAAUCUGCACAUAAAAGCCAACGUCUCAUCUUUACAGUUUUUCUGGAGAUCAAAAGGAGCCCUAGCAAAAUACUCGUUGGAUGUCAGUUAUACAAAUCAAGCAACAACAGUUUUGGAGAAAUGGUCAUCGAAUAUUUCUGCUGCGGGUGUAGUUCCGAAGCGUUUGCAGAGUUUUAUCGUUACUCUGCCCUGCGCCGUCAAAGCAGAUGUGGCGGUGGACGUAAUUAUCCAACUUAACAUAACAAUCGGCCAGGAGGUGACGAGACUCGCUCUGCCGCGCAGGAGAUUUUGCUCCGCAAAACCCCAGGCGGACGCUGUUUCGACUAUCGAAGAUCCUGCUCUCAAUGUUAGCCGGUUGAGUGACGAUGAUAAAUAUUUUAAUUCCGUUCAGCUUACUCAACCAACGACAGUCGCGACCAACAGGCCGGUCAUCACCGCUGUUAUUAUUGCAUCGUUGUUUACAGUUUUUGCAAGUUUUAUUGUGCUAAUCUGCUGCAAAUCCCGACCGAAACCUGGCUCUGUUCCCGUUACAUCCGAUGAACUGCUUUCGCCACCAUUGCUGGAUAUGCAGCUGCGGGAAGUCGAAGAGUCUAAUUUUUCGCCUCAACCGCGAGUGUAUCCAUCCUUGCAGCUCCAGCCGAAUAUACCCGAAUCAGACCAACAGCUGUAUGAUGAUAAUUAUUCUGUCCGAGCUCCAUCUGCUCUUCAUCCUCCUUCCUUGGUCCCCACGUCCUUGAUCCAGCCCUCCUUGGUCGGACCCGUUUCGGUUGAUCCCAUUCAGCGUAAUCCACUAGAUUUCGAAAUCAGUGGUGACUAUGUGGAGUGUGGUGAAUUAAUUCAGAGUGGAGCAUUUGGUGUUGUGCGGAUGGGUUACUUGAAACUCCCGGGUCAAGUGAAGCCGCCUACAGAUAUCAUGAUUAAAACUGUGAAACCUGAUGCGACGCCCAUGCAGAAAAGAUUGCUGUUAGAAGAUGGAUUAAUGCUGCGUGGGCUGCAGCACCCCAACGUGAGUCCGCUGCUGGCGUAUGUUGACCGGUCUGAGUCGCCGAUGGUUCUCUAUGUCGGAUUAGGACAACUGAAUUUAAAAAUAUUUUUUCUGAAACCUAUAAACCGCCAUGGUUUGGGUAUUUCCCAUUUGACGAAGUUUGCUGUGGAUGUUAUUAACGGGUUGGAGUACCUUCAUUCCAAAAACAUCGUCCAUAAAGAUUUGGCGCUGCGAAAUUGUUUAAUAUCUCCUGAUCUGAAAGUGGAGAUUUCUGAUAAUGCUCUGGCUCGCGAUUUAUUUCCGGAGGAUUAUCAUUGUUUAGGAGAUAACGAGAACCGACCAUUAAAAUGGAUGGCUUACGAGAGCCUAACGGUUGGAGAAUUCCAUCGUCCCAGUGAUAUCUGGAGUUAUGGCGUGUUGGUAUGGGAGUUGUUAACGUAUGGUGACAUGCCUUACGCUUUAAUCGAUCCUUUCGAGAUGGAACUGGUUUUGAAAGACGGAUGGCGACCUCCUCCUCCAACUGACUGUCCAGAAGACCUGCGAAAAAUUAUGCUGGCUUGCUGGACGUUGGCGCCCGAAUCAAGGCCACUUGCGGAGCAACUCAACUUCGAGCUUACUGCAUUCAACUGUAAUUUAAUGAAUUAUGUGUAAAUGUUGUUUAAUAUUGGUGGUUUUGUACUAUAUAGUGUUUAUAACUGUUGCACAAAAUACAGCUUUCUUGCUGGUUUGACCAAAGCAUUUGUAGCUUCCUUUGUGUUUUUAAACCAAUGAAGUGGAAAGGCAGUCUUUCGUAAUUUGUUGGAGGCUGCUGGUUGUUUUUUUUGUUAUUUUUAGUGGCGACUGCUGUAUUGUGCUUUAAUUUGCACACUCUGUAAGGCAUGCGCCCCGGAAACGGUGAUGUUAUGUAAUUCCAGUUGUUUGCCAAUCGUUUGCACUCUUUCUGGAAGUUGUAUGCCAGAGUUUGUUCAUAAAAUAAUUUGUACCGUAAUAGUUUGCAGUUUAUAAUUUAUUUGUUUAUUUAUUUUAAUUACAGCACUUUUGUUGUUGUUAGAUCAACAUUAAACGUGCGAGAAUGUUUUGGUGUUUAAUCUAAAGACCUAAGACCUUG